AUGAAGACUGGUAUCCUACUUAUGUUCCUCUGGGGAUUAUCCUGUGCUCUCCCGGUUGCCAGAUAUCAAAAUACUGAAACCGAGAGCUCGAAAGAGUGGAUGGAUGAUUUGGCUCAGUCACCACCACCACCUACGAACAGUGAGUCAUCAGAGGAGAGUAAAGUUAGCUCAGAGGAACAGGCAAGUGACGAGCCCAGUGACAGCAUUGAGUCUGAAGAGGACAUGGACACAGACAGUAACCAGUCUGCUUCUAGACCUGCCGGUGGUCUCCCUAAGAGUGUGGGGACAGAAGCUGAUAAGGAAGAUGACGAAGAUGACAGUGGAGAUGACACCUUUGGUGACGAGGACAAUGGCCCAGGGCCUGAAUGGAGACGACGCUCCAGACUGGACAGUGAUGAGGACUCUGCAGACACCACACAAUCCAGUGAAGACAGCACCUCUCAGGAAAACAAUGCCCAAGAUGCCCCCAGUGACAGCAGGGACCACAGCAGUGAGGAGGAGGCAGACAACCGGCGUGAGGCAGGUGACUCCACUCAGGACAGUGCGAGUGACGAACGUUGGGUGGGAGGUGGCAGCGAGGGCGAGAGUAGCCACGGGGACGGCUCUGAGUUCGAUGAUGCAGGGAUGCUGAGCGAUGACCCUGAAAGUACUGGGAGCGAUCGGGGCCACUCCAGAAUGAGCAGCGCCGGUAUCAGGUCCAAAGAAUCAAAAGCGGACCAUGAGCUCAGGAGCACGCAGGAUUCAGAUUACAGCCAAUCUGUGGAAUUGUCAAGCAGCAAGUCCUUUAGAAGGUCCCAGGUCUCCACGGAAGAUGAUGGAGGUGAGCUCGCUGAUGGCAAUAGCAGGGAAACCCAGAGCGACUCCACAGAGGACACGGCCUCCAAGGAGGAAAGCAGGAGCGAGUCUCAGGAGGACACAGCCGAGAGUCAGUCCCAGGAAGACAGUGCAGAGGGACAAGACCCCAGCAGCGAGUCCAGCGAGGAGGCUGAUGGGCCAUCCCAGGAAAGCAGUAGCGAGUCUCAGGAGGGGGUGGCCAGGGAGUCCAGGGGCGACAACCCAGAUAACACUAGUCAGAUGGGAGACCAGGAAGACAGCGAGUCCAGCGAGGAGGACAGCCUGCACACGUUCUCCAGCUCAGAAAGCCAGUCCACAGAGGAGCAAGCUGACAGUCAGUCCAGUGAGAGCCUCAGACUCUCAGAGAGUCAGGAGUCAGCCCAGGAUGGGGAGAGUUCCAGCCAGGAAGGCCUCCAGUCUGAGAGCGCUUCCAGGGAGAGCAGGAGCCAGGAGAGCCAGUCCGAGCAGGACAGCCGUUCUGAGGAAGAGGGGGACAGCGACUCUUGGGACAGUAGCAGAUCCAAAGAAGAGAGUAACUCUGCAGAGAAUGCUUCAAGCAGUGAGGAAUACAGCCAUCCCAAAAACAUGGAGGCUGACAGCAGGAAACUGAUGGUCGACGCUUACCACAACAAACCCAUCGGGGACCAAGACGACAACGAUUGCCAAGAUGGUUACUAACAUUAGCUUGUGUAAGAAAUGGCUCUCAGAGGAAGGAGUCUUGGGGGCCUAGGAGUAGGGAGUUCACUGCAACUGUAACUUAUUGAUGUUUUGAUCAGAGGUAAAACCAGGGCCAUUUCUUUCCGUGAGGAACUGUUUAAUACUACACUGUCCUAGCGAGUCACCCACUCCCUAGAAGUUUGAGUAACGUGGCAUGAACACACACAGUAAACGUGAACAUAGGGAUGUGUGCGCCCAGUAGCCCCGACUCACUAGCCUGACCGUUUUGGGGGUUCUGUUAAG